UCCACACGUAGCGGCAUGCUUCUUACGCUUCUCUUUUCUUCCCCUCUUCCUAUGCUCCUCUCUCUAAAAUCACCAGCAGCAGAAGUUUCUUCCCCUCUUUCGCUGCCUUAGAUUCGUUUCUGUUGCUGCCAUGGCUGCUGCCACUGCCAGGAUCGUCGGAACUUCUUCAUGGAGUCUUCGAAGAGCAGCAGCUCAAGCUUUCGCACUCUCUCAAUCCCAUUUUCUCUGCUCUACCAAUCCCUACUUCUCUUUCCCAAGGACCCUUUGCACUCUGCCUCUCUCUGUUUCUGCUUCUUCAGCUUCAGAUGUAAGUCACACAGUGCAAGCUAUAAAGGGAGAUGUUGAUGAGCUACUGAAUGGAGUGGUAGAGAAAAGUGUAAUAAAAGAAGUGAAGCAUAUUCUUGAGAUGGCUAGACGUGCAUCAUUAAGACGAGAGAUUCUCCAUACAGAUUUUCUAACACCUCCAGUGCUUAAAGAAUCUAUGAAAGUUUUGGAAAAAUUAGCAGACGUGAAAGCAAUUGCUCAAGGAGGUUACCCCCAGGCUGAACGUUGUCGAAUUUCUGUUGGACAUCCGGAAGAACUGACAAGCGAUCCAGAUAUCAUUUCGGCAUUGAGUGUCUCUGGGAACUUUCGAUUUGAAUCUUGUUCUCAUGGUGACUUCCUUGGCUCAAUUCUUGGUACAGGAAUUACUAGGGAGAAAGUUGGAGAUAUUAUAUUGCAGGGAGAACAGGGUGCUCAGAUACUUGUCGUACCAGAGCUUGUUGAAUUUCUAAUGUCGUCAUUGGAUAAGGUUCGUAAUGUUCCUGUAAGUUGCAGUAAGAUACCAUUAAUUUCUCUUGAUUACGAGCCACCAAGAACAACCACGUUUAAAACUAUAGAAGCAUCACUCAGAGUUGAUGCCUUGGCUAGUGCAGGUUUUAAGAUUUCACGUUCCAAGCUAGUUGAUUUGAUCAGCAAUGGUGAUGUGCGUAUAAACUGGACCCCUGUUACUACCAAAGGAACCACACUGAAAAGUGGAGACAUCGUAUCAGUUAGUGGAAGAGGUAGAUUAAAGAUUGGAGAAAUUAACUCAACAAAGAAAGGGAAGUUUGCAGUGGAGCUUAUUCGGUAUUUAUGAAACUUUCUACCUGGAGACUGGAGUUACUUUUAGAGCUUCUUUAUGUAAACAUUUUCAGGAAUUAAAAAAAAAAGGGAAUAACUACCAUUUUCAUCCAUGAAGAGUGAAUAUGCUCACGAAAUUACCUAUGAAAAAAAAAAAAACAACUCAAAACUUGUGAGAAGUACCCAUGACAAAAUGAGUUUCUUUUGACCAAAAAACAAUAAUGAUAAGCUACUAUUUCUACCUAUUUAAUUUCCAAAUUAUCCCCUCCUUCAUCUUCAACAUCUUUCUUCUUCAUCUUCUUCAACACUGCCAUUUUCCAUUGCAACAUUCAUCCAGCUCACAAAUCAUCCUCAACCUUCAACCAAAUGCAUUUAGAUAGAAUAUAGGCACUGAAAAUUUGUCCAAAAAUUGAACUUUUUUGGGGCAAAAUAUACAAGGUCCCUGAGAAAUCAAAAGGGAUAUUAAAAGUUUUUCUCUGAUAGCACCCCCAAAUAAAAAUGCAUCAACAGUAAAUGAAUUAAGGGGGGCACUGUUGGCGACUGCAAGAUGCGGGUAUGAGAAAGAGGAGAAGCACCUUGUUAAGCUAUGGCUCAUUUGUGACUUGGACUGAGAUUGCGAGUGCGAAAGGCUCAAAGUAGUGCUCGUUAGCAGCCUUGCUCUGCAUCGGAACAACUCCGGAAGCAUGUAAUAAGACAAGUCCAUAUCUGCCUUGAAAAGGAAAGAAGGCAUAGCAGUGCCACAGGGGUAGGCGAAGACGAAUGAAUGCGGCAAAGAUGAACAGAGGCAAAGGAGAUCAAGAGGGGAAAGGGUGGUGGUUGGGGUCCAAGGGAAACUCGGGGUGAUUAGAUGGUGAGAGUUUCCAAGAGGUUGAAGACGAUAGAAGGAUAAUUUAGGAGAGUCUUUUAAUGGAGUCAAUGCAAAUAUCAUGGUUGAGUAUUUUUUCAUGUGACCAAUAAGAAUUAUAUUUGUACUUUCAUUUCAGUCAUCUUGUUUACAUAUUUGGCUGGACAAUUGUAUUUAUAUGAUGAAUUUGUAAUGAAAUCAAUCAUAUUUAUCAUUAAACUAUUUUAAAUGUUGAAUCUCA